AUGUCCGCCACAAACACAAUCCCUGCGUCCUUAACUGACGGGGGACAAGGCCUACUAGACUCGGUGUCUCCAACACUAACUUUACAAGACGAUCGCGCGCCAAAUAUAAUCUACCAUGUUCCAGAACAGAGUCAUUCCCAGAAGUCGUAUAGCACUGGCAAUAGCGCGACAACGAGUGGUACAGAUGUUUUGAUUGUCGACUGGGACGGCCCAGAUGACCCUCACAAUCCUAAAAACUGGUCCGAUAGACGCAAAUGGGCCGCGAUAAUAAUUAUGUCAUUGUUUACUUUCAUCAGCUCAGUUUCAUCCUCUAUGAUCUCGCCCGCUGCUGGCCAAGUGGGUUCUGCCUUCGGAAUCAACAACGAUGUUGUACUUGCACUUACAGCAUCAAUAUUUGUACUUGCAUAUGCGAUCGGGCCAUUGGUUCUGGGUCCAUUGAGUGAGAUUUACGGACGGUCGCGUGUCAUGCAAUUGGCAAAUUUAUGGUAUCUCGCUUGGACAAUUGGAUGUGGAUUUGCACAGUCAGAAUCCCAGCUUCUCGCCUUCCGAUUUCUCGCCGGCGUCGGAGGCAGUUCGCCUUUGUCGAUUGGCGGCGGAUUUGUUGGGGACUGUUGGGUACCAGAAGAAAGAGGAAAAGCCGUUGCUAUCUUCUCGUUAGCUCCAUUGUUGGGACCGGUUAUAGGACCUAUCACAGGCGCCUGGAUCGCUCAAUACUCGACCUGGAGAUGGGUGUUUUGGUCGACGUCCAUUGUGGAUGCAGCUAUUCACAUCGUUGGGGUGUUUUCACUUCAAGAGACUUAUGCGCCCGUCUUAUUAGAAAGGAAGGCAGAGCAGAUGCGCAGGUCGAUGGAUGCCGAAAAAGCGCCGCACAGAGAAAUCCGUACCGUUUUCGAAGGUCAAGAUCGCUCUUGGCGGACCUUCAUGGCCCAAUCACUUGGUCGCCCCUUUGCACUUUUCGCCCAUGAGCCGAUCGUGCAGCUCCUCGGCGUCUACAUGGCGUAUUUAUACGGUUUACUAUAUCUCUUCUUGGCGACGAUACCAUCGAUCUUUGAAGGCGUAUACCAGCAGUCGGUCGGAAUCGCCGGCCUUCAUUACAUUGCACUUGGCGUAGGGUUGACGGCAGCAUGCCAAAUAAAUGCGAGCACUAUGGACAAAAUCUACGUUUAUUUCAAGACGAAGAACGGUAGGGUUGCAAAACCAGAGUUCAGAUUACCUGCUAUGGUUCCUGGAUCACUACUACUUCCAAUAGGGUGCUUGAUCGUAGGGUGGACUACUGAAGCCCAAACUCAUUGGAUAGUUCCAGAUAUUGGAAUCGCGCUUGUGGGAGCAGGCAUCAUUCUGAGUUUCCAGUGUAUUCAGACCUACAUUGUCGAUUGCUUUACGCUUCAUGCCGCUUCUGCCCUGGCCGCUGUCUCCUUUCUGCGGUCACUAGCAGGCUUUGGAUUUCCUUUGUUUGCUCCCACGAUGUACAAUGCACUCGGGUUCGGGAAGGGCGAUACUAUUUUGGCAGUCGUGGCAAUCGUUAUAGGCUGUCCUGCACCCUGGAUAUUGUGGUAUUAUGGGGAGCAGGUACGGAACGGCAGUCGAUAUGCGCGGUGA